AUGCCAUGUCAGGGAGAAGAUCACCGGAUCUGGGGCCUGGGCCGCCAAGGGUUCAAGUGCAUCCAAUGUAAGCUUCUGGUCCACAAAAAAUGCCACAAAGUCGUGAGAAAACCCUGCUUGAGCAUACAACAACAAUCGCAGUCGCACGAUUCACAAUUGAACGAUCGGAAUGGCGACCAAGUGCCGCUUGAUUCGUCACCGCAAUCCAGCCCGAAGGCUCAUUUGGAUGACGAAACCGCGGAGUCCAGUGUUAUCGAGGAUUCACGUCCACGUAUGUUUACACGCAUAUCAUCAUUUAUUUAUUAUUCAUCAUCUACAUGUUAA